AUGAACCCAGAGCAGGAGCCGUUCAGUCUCUAUCUGAAGGAACGGGGAUGGGGAUAUGGCCAACAGGACAGGCUCGAUAUGCUCAGGGUGAACGACUUGGCAUUCCUAAUAAGAAUGAUCUACAAGAGCAACGUGCUCGGACCAGCGGCAUACUCAGACGACUUACACAUUGACACGUUCGAGAAUAUCAACUUGACAGGGUGUAACAUGGGCACGGUGCCGAUCCUGCUCGACCCACAUGCAGACGCGAUCAUCUCGCUGAACCUCUUACGUAAUCUGAUGCUUGAGAUCCCACUCGACUUCAUCCAGGCAUGUAUGUCGCUUCAUGAUCAUGAGCUCCACUUGACCAAUAUGGUGACAGAGAAGGAGCCGCAGAGUGUUUGGCAUUGCCAUAUGCUCCACCGGUUCGAUUUGUCUUGCAAUCACAUCGUGAACCUCGACGAUGCGGGCUUGGACAAGAUCCCGAGCUAUGGUCUUUGA